UCAGAAGUGUCUCUGCCAUUUAGAGUCACCAGCUCUUGUCAGGAAUGUCCGUCCCCUGCGCGCACAGAUCAUGUACUGGAUGCGCCAGCUUUAUUUUUAACCCGGCAGGGUGGGUCAGUCUCUGGCUUUCGGGAAUGACCGUGGAGCGCGCGACGCCUUCAGCCCCUCUCCCUCGUCCCCCGUGCUGGCUCGAGCCCUCCUCGCGCUGUGGACACCUCCGUGCGCUCUGACCUGGACCCCGCCGCUUCAAUGGGAUUAUAAUUGGUUUAUUGGCAGGGAGAAUACUCAACAUAAACACUCUCGGACAGGACAACAUCCAGAAGCAUACUACCUUCAGCGUCCCUCCUGCCAUUUUGUCCCCUCCACUCGUCUCCCUCUUGACCCAGAGUAUCUGAGGACGCCGGCCCCCGGCCCCCCACCCACUUGCCACGCUGGCUACCGCCAUGACUUCCACCACAGACUUUGACAAUGUGGAGAUCACGCAGCAGUACAGCCGCAUCAACACCCGCUUCGAGCUCUCUGACGAGGAGCUCGACAAUGACAACAGCUCUGCCCGGCUGUUUGAGCGCUCACGCAUCAAGGCCCUCGCAGAUGAGCGCGAGGCGGUUCAGAAGAAGACCUUCACUAAAUGGGUCAACUCAAUCCUGUCCCGAGUCGGAUGUCGCAUAUCUGACCUCUACCUGGACCUGCGGGACGGACGCAUGCUCAUUAAACUGCUGGAGGUCUUGUCUGGAGAACGGCUGCCAAAACCCACUAAAGGCAGGAUGCGUAUCCACUGCUUGGAAAAUGUGGACAAGGCUUUACAGUUCCUCAAAGAGCAGAGGGUCCACCUGGAGAACAUGGGUUCCCAUGACAUUGUCGACGGCAACCAUCGCCUCAUCCUGGGACUCAUUUGGACCAUCAUCCUGCGUUUCCAGAUCCAGGACAUCAUUGUGGAAACGGGCCAAGCGGACCAGAAGGAGACGCGCUCAGCCAAGGAUGCUCUUCUUCUGUGGUGUCAGAUGAAAACUGCAGGAUACCCCAAUGUCAACAUCACAAACUUCACCACCAGCUGGAAAGACGGCAUGGCCUUCAACGCUCUCAUACACAAACACCGGCCAGAUCUGGUGGACUAUAACACCUUGAAGAGGUCCAACCCGACCCACAACCUCCAGAACGCUUUCAACGUGGCAGAGCAGCGGCUCGGCGUGACCAAACUCUUAGACCCAGAAGAUGUGUUCACAGAGAACCCAGAUGAAAAGUCCAUCAUCACAUACGUUGUGGCAUUUUACCACUACUUCUCGAAGAUGAAGCAGCUCGCUGUGGAGGGCAAGAGAGUUGGAAAGGUUCUGGAUCAGGCCAUUGAGACGGAGAAGAUGAUAGAUAAGUACGAGACUCUGGCGUCAGACCUGCUGACGUGGAUCGAGCAGACCAUCGUCGUGCUGAACAACCGGAAACUUGCCAAUUCUCUGACGGGAGUCCAGCAGCAGCUUCAGGCCUUCAACACCUACCGCACUGUAGAGAAGCCGCCCAAAUUCCAGGAGAAGGGCAACCUGGAGGUGCUGCUGUUCACCAUCCAGAGUCGAAUGAGGGCCAACAACCAGAGGGUUUACACGCCUAAAGAGGGAGCCUUGGUCGCAGAUAUCAACAGGGCCUGGGAGCGUCUGGAGAGGGCGGAACACGAGCGGGAGCGCGUCCUCAGAGACGAGCUGAUCAGACAGGAGAAGCUGGAACAGAUGGCGAGAAGGUUCGACAGGAAGGCUGCCAUGAGGGAGACCUGGCUCAUGGAGAACCAGAGAUUAGUGGCCCAGGAUAACUUUGGUUACGACCUACCAGCAGUGGAAGCAGCGAAGAAGAAGCACGACGCCAUUGAGACGGACAUUGCUGCCUACGAGGAGCGUGUCCAGGCUCUGGUGAACAUCUCAAAGGAGCUGGAGUCCGAGCGUUACCACGACGCCAAACGGAUUGACGUGCGCAAAGACAACAUCCUGCGUCUUUGGGACUACUUGCAGGAGCUGCUGAAGGCCCGAAGGGGUCGCCUUGAUAAGAACCUGACCCUGCAGAGGAUCUUCCAGGAGAUGCUGUACAUCAUCAGCUGGAUGGACGAGAUGAAGAUUCGACUAAUGUCCCCCGACUUUGGGAAGCAUUUGCUGGAAGUGGAGGAUUUGUUACAAAAACAUGCUCUGGUAGAGAAUGACAUCGCUCUGCAGGCAGAGAGGGUGCAGGGUGCCAGUGCUGCUGCUCUGCAGUUUGCCAACGGAGAUACCUAUAAGCCAUGCGAUCCCCAGGUGAUCCGGGACAGGGUGCAGCAUCUGAACCUGUGCUACGAGGAGCUUUGCGCUCUGGCUGCUCAGCGAAGAGCUCGCUUGGAGCAGUCUCGCCGCUUCUGGAACUUCCUGUGGGAGGUGACCCAGCUGGAGAGCUGGAUCAGGGAGAAGGAGAACAUCUUCUCCUCCCUGGAUUACGGCAAGGACCUGACGAGCGUGCUGGUGCUCCAGAGCAAACACAGCGCCUUCGAGGACGAGCUCAGAGCCCGCCGCGCCAAUCUGGAGCAGGUUUUGGGUGAGGGCGAGAAGAUGAUCCAGGCGGAGCACUUUGGCUCCCCGAAGGUUCAAGAGUGCAUGGACGACAUCAGGAGGCAGUGGCAGCAGCUGGAAGAACUGGCCGCGUUUCGAAAGCAGAACCUCCAGGACACCCAGACAUUCUUCCAGUUUCAGGGAGAAGCUGACGACCUCAAAGCCUGGCUGCAGGACGCCAAGAGGCAGAUGAGCAACGACGACGUGGGCCAUGACGAGUACACCACCGAGCGGCUACUGAAAAAGCACAACAGCCUGAAAAAUGAAACAAUCAAGAACGGCGCCACAAUCGACGCCCUGUCCAAACAGGCCAACGCUCUGCCAGAAGAGCUUCAAAACACCCCUGAUAUCCAGAGACGUCUGAAAGACAUCAAGGACCUUUAUAUGGAGCUCAUGUCUCUGGCUGACCUGAGACAGAAGAAACUAGAUGACACUAUGGCUCUGUACACCAUCUUCAGUGAGACAGACGCCUGUGAACUCUGGAUGGGCCAGAAGGAGACGUGGUUGGUGGAUUUAGAGGUGCCUGACAAGCUGGAGGAUCUGGAAGUCGUGCAGAACAGGUUAAGCAUUUUAGCUCAAGACAUGGCAAACGUUCAGUCGAGAGUAGACGACGUCAACAAAGCGGUGAAACAGCUUGAGGACGGCAGACACCCUCGCACCAAGGAGGUUAAGGAAUGUCAGAAGAGACUGAACAAGAGGUGGGAGGCUUUCAAGGCCAUGGUUGAGGAGAAGAAGAGGAGAGUGGAUUCCGCUGUUAGUCUCAACAACUACGGGUUGGAGUGCGACGAGACAGAGACCUGGAUCAAAGACAAGACACGGGUAAUCGAGUCCACACAAGAGCUGGGCAAUGACCUGGCAGCAGUCAUGGCCAUCCAGAGGAAACUGUUUGGAAUGGAGAGAGAUUUAGCCGCCAUCGACUCCAAACUUACCUUCCUGAGGAAAGAGGCUGACCAGCUGGCCCAGGACCACCCGGAGAAUGCGGCGGAUAUCUUGGCCCGCAGAGGAGAGCUGGAUGCGGCCUGGGACAUGCUGAAGAAGACCCUGAAAGACAGGGAGGACUCUUUGGGCGAGGUCAGCAAGCUACAGACCUUCCUCCAGGACAUGGAUGACUUCCAAUCCUGGCUCUUCAAGACCCAGAAGGCUGUGGCGUCAGAGGAAAUGCCCUCCACGCUGCCAGAAGCCGAGGAGCAGCUGAGCCUCCACGAUGCUGUCCGCGAAGACAUAAGCAACCACGAAGAGGACUAUCACCGCGUGAGGGACACUGGUGCUCAGGUCACACAGGGUCUGGAGGAAGAUCCUCAGUACCAACAGCUGGACCAGAGGCUGAAGGGCAUGGACCGCGGCUGGGUAGAGCUGCAGAAGAUGUGGGACAGUCGAAAAAACUUCCUGGACCAGGGUCUGGGCUUCCAGCAGUUCAUGAGGGACGGCAAAGCUGUGGAGGCCAUCCUCAACAACCAGGAGUACACUUUGGCCCACAUUGACAAGCCCGACACGUUGGCCGGGGCAGAGCAGGCUUUGAAGAAGCAUGAGGACUUUGUGAGCACCAUGGAGGCCAAUGAGGACAAGAUCGACGGCGCUCUGCAGGGCGGACAGAGACUGGUGGACAGCAACAACCUGUACUCUGGGAAAGUUCAGGACAAAAUGGACUCAAUCCGGGACAGGCACGACAAGAACAAGAGAAGAGCUGAGGAAGUGUCUGAAAAGCUCAGAGACAACCGAGACCUGCAGCACUUCCUGCAAAACACUCAAGAUCUGACUGUGUGGAUCAACGAGAAGAUGCUAACAGCGCAGGACACCUCGUACGAUGAGGCCAGGAACCUCCACAGCAAGUGGCUCAAGCACCAGGCCUUCAUGGCUGAGCUGGCCUCCAACAAGGACUGGCUCAACAAAGUCGACCAGGAGGGUCAGGAGCUCAUGGAGUCCAAGCCUGAGUUCGAGCCCAUCGUGAAGGAGCGUCUGGCCGAGCUCCACGAGCUGUGGGACAAACUGGAGUCCACCACCCAGGAGAAGGCUCGACUGCUGUUCGACGCCAACCGCUCCGAGCUCUUCGACCAGAGCUUAGCUGACAUGAAGAAGUGGCUGGGCGAGCUGCAGCAGCAGCUGCAGAGCGGAGACGAGGAUGUUAAAGAUCUGACCAAUGCCAACAUCCUGCUCAAAAAGCAUCAGAUCACAGAGAACCAGGUCCGUGACCGGGCGCGGGAGCUUGAGGAGCUCCAGGAGGCCGUCAGGCAGCACGGUGGCAGCAGGGAGGACCAGCCGGAGCUGGAGGCCGAACAGCAGGCCCUGCAGAGGGACUUCCAGCAGCUCCUCACGCCGCUGGCCCAGCGCAAGGGCAAGCUAGAGGCCGCCAAGGCUGUCCAUCAGUUCUACAGAGACCUGGCCGAUGAGCUCCUCUGGAUUGAGGAGAGGAUGCCCCUGGCAAUGUCACAGGAGCAUGGCCACAAUCUUCAAACUGUGCAAAUGCUGCUGAAGAAGAACCAGACAUUGCAGCGGGAGAUCGAGGGCCACCAGCCUCGAGUCGACGAAGUGCUGGAACGAGGGAGGAGGAUGGCAGCCGCCGCCAGUGCCGAGGACAGACCGGAGGCGGAGAGGAUCACGGACCAGCUCAAGGAGCUCGAGGAGUCGUGGGCCCGGCUGCAGGACGAGACGGCGAAGCGGAGGGAGAGGCUGGGCGGAUCCAACUUGGCCCAGCAGUACUUCAACGACGCGGACGAGGCCGAGGCCUGGAUAGGGGAGCAGGAGCUCUACAUGAUCGCUGACGAGAAGGCAAAGGAUGAACAAAGUGCCAUGCUGAUGUUGAAGCGCCACCUGAUCCUUAAGGAGGCAGUGGAGGACUACUCUGACUCUAUUCGGAAGCUGGCUGACCGUGCCCAGAAGAUGUUUGCGGAGGAUCACCCUGAUGGCGAGGAGAUUAUCAGGCGGCAGGGCCAGGUGGAUAAGCAGUACGCGGGCCUCAAAGAGCUGGCGGAGGACCGCAGGAAGAAGCUGGACCACACCUACCACCACUUCCUGCUGAGCAGAGAGGUGGAGGACCUGGAACACUGGAUCGCAGAGAGGGACGUGGUGGCCUCCUCCCAGGAAAUGGGCCAGGACCUGGACCACGUCACGCUCCUGAGAGAUAAAUUCAGAGACUUUUCACGGGAGACGGGGACACAGGGCCAGGAGCGAGUGGACAUGGUCAACCAGACGAUAGACGAGCUGAUCGAAGCCGGCCACGCCGAGGCGGCCGCCAUGGCAGAGUGGAAGGACACCAUCAACGACAGCUGGGCCGAUCUCCUCGAGCUUAUCGACACUCGCAAUCAGCUCCUCACGGCGUCCUACGAACUGCUCAAGUACUUUGACGACGGGAAGGAGCUGGUGGCUCAGAUCUACGACAAGCAGAAGGAGCUGCCCGAAGACGUGGGCGAGGACUUCAGCAAAGCAGAGUCCUUCCACAGAAUGCACGCCGCCUUUGAGAGAGACAUCACAGCUCUAGGCAAACAGGUUCAACAGUUCCAGGAGACAGCCUCGAGGCUCCACGCCCAGUACGCCGGCGAAAGAGCGGAUGCCAUCCAGGCCACGGAGAGAGAGGUGGUGGAGGCGUGGAAGGGCCUGCUGGACGCCUGCGACGGCCGCAGGGCGCAGCUGGUGGACACGGCGGAGAAGUUCCGCUUCUUCACCAUGGUGCGGGACCUGAUGGCCUGGAUGGAGAGCAUCAUCCAGCAGAUAGAGACUCAGGAGAAGCCCAGGGACGUCUCGUCCGUGGAGCUCCUGCAGAAGUACCACCAGGGGAUCCGUUCAGAGAUCGAGGCCCGGGGAGUCAAAUUCUCCAACUGCAUAGACCUGGGCAAGGCCAUGAUGAAACGCAAGCACCGAGACUCUGCUGAGAUCAAAGAGAAGCUGGUGCAGCUGAUCGAGAAAAGGAAGGAGAUGAUGUUCAAGUGGGACGACAGAUGGGACUGGCUCCGGCUUUUGCUGGAGGUGUGUCAGUUCGCCCGAGACGCCUCGGUGGCCGAGGCCUGGCUGGUCGCUCAGGAGCCCUACGUGACGAGCAGAGACCUGGGGCACACCGUGGACGAGGUCGAGAAACUCCUCAAGAGGCAUGAGGCCUUCGAGAAAUCCACCGCCACCUGGGAGGAGCGCUUCUCCGCACUGGAGCGCCUCACUACGCUGGAGUUGCUGCAGUUGAGAGAGCAGCAACAAGAGUUCAUUAAAGAAGAACAAGAGCGCUCAGAGAGAGACAGCAGGAGAGAAGACACCGGCUUUGAAGAAUCUUCACAGCUCUACACUAUAGAGGAGCAGACUCUGUCGGGCGCAGCGGAGCCCAGUUCAGGUCAGCUGGAAGGGACGGCCGGCGACUCCACGGUGCUCAUAGAGUCAGAAAUGAGAGAGAGCGCUUCUCUGGAGCUGGAGCCCUCGGUCUCGGUGGUGACGCCGAAAGAACCGGAGAGGGCUGCCACCAUGCCCUCGGAGCCCCUCAGAGCUCACACCAUCCUGCACGAGGGCACGCUGAGCCGCAAACAUGAUGUGGAGGGCUCUGGAAAGAAGGCUUCGAAUAGGUCGUGGAACAACUUGUACUGUGUCCUGAAGCCGGGCCAGCUCUCAGCCUAUAAGGACGCCAAAAGCUUUGGCCACGGGGUGACGUACCACGGCGAGGACCCCCUGUCCCUCAGCAACGCCAGCUGGGAGAUCCUCGCCAACUACAAGAAAAAGAAGCACGUCGCGAAGCUGCGCCUCAGAGACGGCAGUGAAUAUUUGUUCCAGUGUAAAGACGAGGAGGAUCUCCAGCGCUGGAGCCAGGCCAUGGAGAAGGCUGUUCAGCCCCUGGCAGGCGAGGAGGCGUCGGGGCCCUCGGGGGCCAAAGCCCACAGCCUGCCCCCUCCCCCCUCCACCUCCUCCUCAGCUGCCCUCCCCGAGCCCAGCUCUGCCAAGAAAGACAAGGAGAAGAAGUUCGGCCGCUUUGCCAAGAAGAAGUGAAAGGGAUGGGAAGCUCAUCAGCAGGUUGCCUAGGCAACCGUGAGAGUAGAAAGUAGUAUUUGUGUACAAUCAGCCAGAGCGAGCUUUUUAUCACUAGAUUUUUUUUUUGGUUUUUUUAUAUAUAUAAAUAUAUAUAUAUUAUUUUGUGAGAAUUAACAGAAAUAUUGUAGAUUAGGUUAAAGCCAUCACUCUUCUGCCUGUAUUUAAGCCAGUGUAUGAUUACAAAAGGUCCACUUCGUUUUUUUUUUCUUUUUCUUUCUUUGUGUUCUUUUUAACAAAUGCCAAAUUCAAAGCAUUAAAUUAAAGCACAGGAAUGCUCCUUUAACACUCAACCAAAGAAUGUUUGUACAACUUUUUUUUUUUCGUUUUUCAUUUAAGCUGCAGUCUUUGCUUUAGUGAGGCGUGCUUUGAUACGAAGGCCUGUAAUGAACAUGGGGUGACCCGAGAGUACCGAAGAGUACUUUUAUUAAUCUGCCUUAUAAAAAAAAAUGGUUGUGAACUGUAAUACUGUGCUGUUUGAAUUUGGAGCGCAACUAGAGCUGCUCAGAGUGAAUUUAAUCACUAAUUUAUAGUUAAAUUCACCCUGAGCACAUACAGCUUUGUAAAUGCCGUGUUAAAGAUUUGGUGAGGAGUGAAGUACAGUGCACACGCUCACGAAGUGUAAUUGCAGUCGUGCGAACUAAAACGCUCUAUGCACUGUGAAGAAGUUUGACUGUUGACAUGCUAAAGCUGGCGACUGGCGGCGUGCGAGCGGUCACGUGACACCGGGUCGGUUUAGAGUAUACGUCCUUUUAAGGCUGUAUUCUCAGCUGGACUGUGGCUGUAGUCUUUUCUGUGAACUUGAAAUAUAUUCAACACUUGUUUAUCAAAACUCCUCAUUUCAUAUCUAUUCAUCAACAUAUAUGCAUAUAGAGAAUAUAGAUCUACAGAUGCAUGGGUUUCAUUUAGUUUGAUAUGGUGCUAUAUUGUGAUAUAUUCUUGAAACUUUAAGCCAAGACCAACUUGACCUGCCUUAAUUGUCUUCAACUUUGGCUUGUAGUGACACUAACACGCAUCCUGUUGGUAAAUCUGAGGGGUGUUUCUAUUUCUCCUGUCAAAUCUAGACUCAAAAACACAUCGAGCAAAUGUUUAAAAGACAGAAACUAUGAAAAUCGAAUGCCACAGAGCAGUGCGUGGGUAAAAUGCUCAAUGUAUCAGUGGGAAACAACUCAGCAACACUGAAUCUGUAUUUGUAAUCAGGAUCAGGACACGGGUUUAAGCCUCAUCUUAGGGAUAUAUUUGUAUGCACAGGUGCAAAAUUCAACAGCGAAACGAUUUUACUUCACUCCUCGGUUUGUGGCAGCGACGCUACACAAAGCGGGUCGAAUAAGUGACGUUUGAGAACGAGUACAAAUGAAUGUAAAUGUUGUUCAUUUCCUAUUGUCGCAGCCAAUUUGGGGGUUUACUUUAGCUGAAGUGCAUUUGAAAAGCCGAGGACUUAAAGACUGAAAUAGCGACAGGUUCAGAUCUUACGUGCGAGAAAGCGCAAAGCAGGGGCGAAAAUAAGAACUAAACGUGCCACAGGAAGCUGAAGAAAAACCACGACACUAAAGAGACGGAGAAGGAGGAGAAGGUUUGACACUGCAGCACAAAAUGACUCAUUAUAACCAUUUAAACCAUAGUUGGCCUGAUUUAAUGUGGCAUCCUUUUUUUUUUUUUUUUUUUUUUUAGUGAAACACCCCUCUGGUCUGUUAAGAUACAUAAAUAAACAAAUAACCACGAAAAGUCAAUUUACAAACCACCAGAUUUUAACCCGGGUGCUCUUAUUUGUGUUAUUUGUAGUGUUACGAAAAAGGGCCAAAGUGUAGGACAAUCUGAGGGUCGGAUGAGUCUUGACUGCUUUUUUCCAAACCACACAAGAACCAGGUCAUGCUUCUCUAGCUAAGGCGGUGUGUGUGUGUAGGGGGGGUAUGGGUAGCUGAGUAAAGGCGUGAAUGUAAGGGAGCAAAAUGUAAGGACACGCGAGGGAUUUCAACUACCACGGAAUGAUUUAUUUUUAUCAAAGAAACGCAUUAAAUUGUCGUAACAGUAGCGUAGGGAGGCGCAUUCGUCGAGGAUGCGUCGCCGCGGUCUCACACUGCCGUCUUGCCUUGUACUGUGGGCUACGUCCCUGAUCAACUCAAGUGACCUCAAUGAAACCGAAGGACGUCAGGUGUAGAAAUGAGUUCGGCUCGAGUAUUCUAGGUAGCGUUCAAGAUCGUACAGCCAUAUGAAAACACUCACACAGAGACACACACACACAAGAGCAAAUGUUUGGGUGCACAGCUACGCUAACAGCACCUAUAGUCACACUCUCUUCUGAUAAGCUCUAAAUGGUUGGUGCAUCACACGUAUUAAGUCUUGUUUUUGUUGGUCACUGUAUCUACAGCAAACUCCCGAUUUGUGACGCCUCAUUUGUCAUCCACCAUUUCUUCUUCCCUACCUACCUACCUACCUGCCUUUUCUGCUCAGUGGUUUGUAUCUUGCAUUUUAUACUCUCUAGCCAUGUAAAAUAAAGAAAUGAAUAAAUAAAUAAAUAAAUAAAUAAACGA